UUGGGAGCGCCGGCUUAGCCCGUGGCUUUUGGGGCUGUGUCCGCACGCGCUGGAGCCAGGCAGCCGGGCCUCUGCCGUCCGGUCUUCGUUCUAGGGGGGCGGCGAGGGCGGCCGGCCGCUGGGGCGGUGCAGGCCGGGGCCGGGCCAAACCGGGGCACGGCGGGCGUUGGCGCAGCCGCCGGACCGGGGCCUGCACGGACCGCCCGCGGCGCGCGUCUCGGGCUGUCUUUUCAUUUCCAAGUGAUUAUUGUUUUGGAUUUUUCUGCAGACGUGAAUUUUGGUUAAUUUAUUUCACGCACCAGUUCUGGCCUGAGGUUUGACGACUGGGAGGAAAUCGGGGGAAAGAUGCCUUCUGAUUCUUUCUGUUUGGCUGCUCAGGCUCGACUUGACUCCAAAUGGUUGAAAACAGAUAUACAGCUUGCAUUCACACGAGAUGGGCUCUGUGGUCUGUGGAAUGAAAUGGUUAAAGAUGGAGAAAUUGUAUAUACUGGGGCAGAGUUAACACAGAAUGGAGAACUUCCUUCUAGAAAAGAUGAUGGUGUUGAUAUGCAGAUUGGAACAAAGAAAGAAGAUCUAAAUGACAAAGAGAAAAAAGAAGAGGAAGAAACUCCUGCACCUGCAUAUAGGGCCAAAUCAAUCCUAGAGAGCUGGGUGUGGGGCAAGCAACCAGAGGUGAAUGAACUGAAGGAGUGUCUUUCUGUGUUGGUUAGAGAGCAACAAGCUCUGGCCAUCCAGUCAGCCACCACCACCCUUUCAGCCCUGAGGCUCAAGCAGAGACUGGUCGUUUUGGAACGAUACUUCAUUGCCUUGAAUAGAACUGUUUUUCAGGAGACUGUCAAAGUUAAGUGGAAAAGCAGCAGUGUUUCUUUGCCUCCUGUGGACAAAAAAAGUUCCCGGCCCACAGGCAAAGGGGUGGAAGGCCUUGCGAGAGUUGGAUCCCGAGCAGCUCUCUCCUUUGCCUUUGCGUUCUUGCGCAGGGCCUGGCGGUCAGGGGAGGACGCGGACCUCUGCAGCGAGCUGUUGCAGGAAUCCCUGGACGCCCUGAGAGCCCUGCCUGAGGCCUCGCUCUUUGAUGAGAGCACAGUGUCCUCUGUGUGGCUGGAGGUGGUAGAAAGAGCAACCCGCUUCCUCAGGUCCGUCGUGACCGGGGAUGUUCAUGGAACGCCUGGUACCAAAGGGCCAGGAAGUAUCCCCCUGCAGGACCAGCACCUGGCCCUGGCCAUCCUGUUAGAGCUGGCUGUGCAGAGAGGCACGCUGAGCCAAAUGUUAUCUGCUAUCCUGUUGCUGCUUCAAUUGUGGGACAGUGGGACACAGGAAACUGACAAUGAGCGGUCUGCCCAGGGUACCAGCGCCCCCCUUCUUCCUUUGCUGCAAAGGUUCCAGAGCAUCAUGUGCAGUAAAGAUGCCCCCCAUACAGAAGGUGACACUCAUCUUCUGUCUGGCCCUCUGAGCCCCAAUGAGAGCUUCCUGAGGUACCUCACUCUUCCGCGAGACAGCGAGCUUGCCAUAGACUUACGACAGACUGCGGUUGUUGUCAUGGCCCACCUGGACCGCCUGGCCGCCCCCUGUAUGCCACCUCUCUGUAGCUCUCCGACCUCUCAUAAGGGAUCAUUGCAAGAGGUCAUAGGAUGGGGGUUAAUAGGAUGGAAAUACUAUGCCAAUGUGAUCGGUCCAAUUCAGUGUGAAGGCCUUGCCAACCUGGGGGUCACACAGAUCGCCUGUGCAGAGAAGCGCUUCUUGAUCUUGUCGAGGAAUGGCCGUGUGUACACGCAGGCCUACAACAGUGACACGCUGGCUCCACAGCUGGUCCAGGGUCUUGCCUCCAGAAACAUUGUAAAAAUUGCUGCCCAUUCGGACGGUCACCACUACCUGGCCUUGGCAGCCACCGGAGAGGUGUAUUCCUGGGGCUGUGGGGAUGGUGGACGUCUAGGCCACGGGGACACAGUGCCUCUUGAGGAGCCUAAGGUGAUCUCUGCCUUCUCAGGAAAGCAGGCCGGGAAGCAUGUGGUGCACAUUGCGUGUGGGAGCACAUACAGCGCGGCCAUCACUGCCGAGGGCGAGCUGUACACCUGGGGCCGGGGGAACUAUGGGCGACUGGGCCACGGCUCCAGUGAAGACGAGGCCAUUCCGAUGCUGGUAGCUGGGCUCAAAGGGCUGAAGGUCAUUGACGUGGCAUGUGGGAGUGGUGAUGCUCAAACGCUGGCUGUGACGGAGAAUGGUCAGGUGUGGUCUUGGGGAGAUGGUGACUAUGGGAAAUUGGGCAGAGGUGGUAGUGACGGCUGCAAAACACCAAAGCUGAUUGAGAAGCUUCAAGACUUGGAUGUUGUCAAAGUCCGAUGUGGAAGUCAGUUUUCUGUUGCCUUGACAAAAGACGGCCAGGUUUAUUCAUGGGGGAAAGGUGACAACCAGAGACUUGGGCAUGGAACAGAGGAACAUGUUCGUUAUCCCAAACUCUUGGAAGGAUUGCAAGGGAAGAAGGUGAUUGAUGUAGCUGCAGGCUCCACCCACUGCCUGGCCCUGACUGAGGACAGUGAGGUCCACAGCUGGGGGAGCAAUGACCAGUGCCAGCACUUUGACACCUUGCGUGUGACCAAGCCAGAACCUGCUGCGCUGCCAGGACUGGAUACCAAACACAUAGUUGGGAUUGCCUGCGGACCUGCCCAGAGUUUUGCUUGGUCAUCUUGUUCUGAGUGGUCCAUUGGCCUCCGUGUCCCUUUUGUGGUGGACAUCUGCUCAAUGACUUUUGAGCAGUUAGACCUCCUACUGCGGCAAGUGAGUGAGGGGAUGGAUGGCACUGCUGACUGGCCCCCACCCCAAGAGAAAGAGUGUAUGGCUGUGGCAACACUGAAUCUUCUGCGACUUCAGUUGCAUGCUGCCAUCAGUCACCAGGUUGACCCAGAAUUCCUUGGUUUAGGUCUGGGCAGCGUCCUCCUCAACAGCCUGAAGCAGACGGUGGUGACCCUGGCCAGCAGUGCGGGCGUGUUGAGUACUGUGCAGGCGGCCGCCCAGGCUGUGUUGCAGAGCGGGUGGUCAGUGCUGCUGCCAACUGCUGAGGAGCGGGCCCGGGCACUCUCUGCUCUCCUGCCCUGUGCAGUUUCAGGCAAUGAAGUUAACGUAAGUCCAGGUCGUCGAUUCAUGAUUGAUCUUCUUGUGGGCAGCUUGAUGGCUGAUGGAGGCUUAGAAUCAGCCUUAAAUGCAGCCAUUACUGCAGAAAUCCAGGAUAUUGAAGCCAAAAAAGAAGCCCAGAAGGAAAAAGAAAUUGAUGAACAGGAAGCGAAUGCCUCGACAUUUCAUAGAAGUAGGACUCCACUGGAUAAAGAUCUUAUUAAUACGGGAAUCUAUGAAUCUUCUGGAAAACAGUGCUUGCCUCUGGUUCAGCUCAUACAACAGCUUCUUAGAAACAUUGCUUCUCAGACAGUAGCCAGAUUGAAAGAUGUUGCCCGUCGGAUAUCAUCAUGUCUAGACUUUGAGCAACAUAGUCAUGAGAGAUCUGCUUCAUUGGAUUUGUUGCUGCGUUUUCAGCGCUUACUUAUCAGUAAACUUUAUCCAGGAGAAAAUGUUGGUCAGACUUCAGAUAUUUCUAGUCCUGAACUAAUGGGGGUUGGUUCCUUGCUGAAGAAGUACACAGCCCUUUUGUGCACACACAUUGGAGAUAUACUGCCCGUGGCAGCCAGCAUUGCUUCCACUAGCUGGAGGCACUUUGCAGAGGUGGCCUGCAUUGUGGAAGGGGACUUCACUGGUGUUCUCCUUCCAGAACUAGUAGUUUCUGUAGUGCUUCUGCUCAGUAAAAAUGCUGGUCUCAUGCAGGAGGCUGGAGCUGUCCCUCUGCUGGGUGGCCUGUUAGAACAUCUGGAUCGGUUCAACCACCUGGCACCAGGAAAGGAAAGGGACGACCAUGAAGAGUUAGCCUGGCCCGGCAUCAUGGAGUCAUUUUUUACAGGUCAGAACUGUAGAAAUAAUGAGGAAGUGACGCUUAUACGCAAAGCUGAUUUGGAGAACCAUAAUAAAGAUGGAGGCUUCUGGACUGUGAUUGAUGGGAAAGUGUAUGAUAUAAAGGACUUCCAGACUCAGUCAUUAACAGGAAAUAGUAUUCUUGCUCAGUUUGUAGGGGAAGACCCAGUGGUAGCUUUGGAAGCUGCUUUGCAGUUUGAAGACACACGGGAAUCAAUGCAUGCCUUCUGUGUUGGCCAGUAUCUGGAGCCUGACCAAGAAAUUGUUACCAUACCAGAUUUGGGAAGUCUGUCUUCACCUCUUAUAGACACUGAAAGAAAUCUGGGCCUACUCCUUGGGUUACACGCUUCCUAUUUAGCUAUGAGCACACCGCUAUCUCCAGUUGAGGUCGAAUGCGCCAAGUGGCUUCAGUCAUCCAUCUUCUCUGGAGGCCUGCAGACUAGCCAGAUCCACUACAGCUACAAUGAGGAGAAAGAUGAGGACCACUGUAGCUCUCCAGGGGGCACUCCCGCCAGCAAGUCCCGGCUCUACUCCCACAGACGGGCGCUGGGUGACCAUUCCCAGGCAUUCCUGCAAGCCAUUGCUGACAAUAACAUUCAAGACCACAACGUGAAGGACUUUCUGUGUCAGAUAGAAAGGUACUGUAGGCAGUGCCACUUGACCACACCCAUCACCUUUCCUCCUGAGCAUCCUGUGGAGGAGGUCGGCCGCUUGCUGUUAUGCUGCCUCUUAAAACAUGAAGAUUUAGGUCACGUGGCAUUAUCUUUAGUUUAUGCAGGUACACUUGGUAUUGAGCAAGUAAAGCACAGAACGUUGCCUAAAUCAGUGGUGGAUGUUUGUAGAGUUGUCUACCAAGCAAAAUGCUCACUCAUUAAGACACAUCAAGAACAGGGCCGUUCUUACAAGGAGGUCUGUGCCCCAGUCAUUGAACGUUUGAGGUUCCUCUUUAAUGAACUGAGACCUGCAGUUUGUAAUGACCUCUCUAUAAUGUCCAAGUUUAAACUGUUAAGUUCUUUGCCCCGUUGGAGGAGGAUAGCUCAGAAGAUAAUUCGAGAACGAAGGAAGAAGAGAGGUAAGAAGGUAAAAGUUCCUAAGAAGCCAGACUCUACUGAUGAUGAAGAAAAAAUUGGAAACGGAGAGAGUGAAGAAGCUUGCAUCUUGCCUCACAGUCCUAUAAAUGUGGACAAAAGACCCAUUACAGUUAAAUCACCCAAGGAUAAAUGGCAGCCACUGUUGAGUACAGUUACAGGUGUUCACAAAUACAAAUGGUUGAAGCAGAAUGUUCAGGGUCUGUAUCCUCAGUCUGCACUCCUCAGUACUAUUGCUGAAUUUGCCCUUAAAGAAGAGCCAGUGGAUGUGGAAAAAAUGAGAAAGUGCCUACUAAAACAGUUGGAGAGAGCAGAGGUUCGCCUGGAAGGGAUAGAUACAAUUUUAAAACUGGCAGCCAAAAAUUUCUUACUUCCGUCUGUGCAGUAUGCUAUGUUCUGUGGAUGGCAAAGACUUAUUCCAGAGGGGAUUGAUAUAGGGGAACCCCUUACUGAUUGUUUAAAGGAUGUUGAUUUGAUCCCACCUUUUAAUCGGAUGCUGCUUGAAGUAACUUUUGGCAAGCUGUAUGCUUGGGCUGUUCAGAAUAUUCGAAAUGUUUUGAUGGAUGCAAAUAACAAGUUUAAAGAACUUGGUAUCCAGCCUGUCCCCCUGCAAACCAUCACAAAUGAGAACCCGUCUGGACCCAGCCUGGGGACAACCCCACAAGCACGCUUUCUCCUGGUAAUGCUCAGCACGCUCACCCUGCAGCACGGUGCCCACAACCUGAGCCUCCUGCUGAACUCCGGCAUGCUCGCUCUCACACAGACAGCACUUCGGCUCAUCGGCCCUAGUUGUGAUAAUGUUGAAGAAGAUAUGAACUCUUCCGCCCGAGGAGCUUCUGCCACAGUUUUGGAAGAGACACGGAAAGAAACAGCCCCAGUACAGCUCCCAGUUUCAGGGCCAGAGCUGGCCGCCAUGAUGAAGAUUGGAACCAGGGUCAUGAGAGGCGUGGACUGGAAAUGGGGUGAUCAGGACGGACCUCCUCCUGGCCUCGGCCGCGUGAUUGGUGAACUUGGAGAGGAUGGCUGGAUCAGGGUCCAGUGGGACACAGGCAGCACCAACUCUUACAGGAUGGGGAAGGAGGGGAAGUACGACCUGAAGUUGGCGGAGCUUCCGGCCUCUACGCAGCCCUCGGCAGACGACUCGGACACGGAGGACGACUCCGAAGCUGAACAAAUUGAAAGGAACAUUCACCCCACUGCAGUGAUGCUUACCAGCACUGUUAAUUUACUGCAGACUCUUUGUCUUUCUGCUGGAGUCCAUGCUGAAGUUAUGCAGAGCGAAGCCGUCAAGACUCUGUGUGGGCUGCUGCGAAUGUUGGUGGAGAGUGGAACGACAGACAAGACAUCCUCCCCCAGCAGGCUGGUGAGCCGGGAGCAGCACAGGAGCUGGUGCACCCUGGGCUUCGUGCGCAGCAUCGCCCUCACACCGCACAUGUGUGCCGCCCUCAGCUCCCCGUCCUGGAUCGCACUGCUCACGAAGGUCGUGGAGGGACACGCGCCUUUCACCGCCGCCUCGCUGCAGCGGCAGAUCUUAGCUGUACAUUUACUGCAAGCAGUACUUCCGUCGUGGGACAAGACGGAAAGGGCAAGGGACAUGGAGUGCCUUGUGGAGAAGCUGUUUGGUUUCCUGGGGCGCUUGCUCACCACCUGCUCUUCAGAUGUCCCGUUCCUCAGAGAAUCCACGCUGAGGAGGCGGAGGGCCCGGCCGCAGGCCUCCCUGACUGCCACACACAGCAGCACGUUGGCGGAGGAGGUGGUGGCGCUGCUCCGCACCCUGCACUCCCUGGGCCAGUGGAACGGACUCAUCAACAAGUACAUCAACUCGCAGCUGCACUCCGUCACCGCCGGCUGCGCGGGAAAGCCGGCAGAGGGGGCUCUGUUAGAGGACUACUUUCCUGACUCUGAGACCCCUGAGGUGGGGGGCCUCAUGGCAGUCCUGGCUGUGAUUGGAGGCAUUGACGGUCGGUUGCGACUAGGGGGACAAGUCAUGCAUGAUGAGUUUGGAGAAGGCACCGUGACUCGCAUCACCCCGAAGGGCAAAAUCACCGUGCAGUUCUCCGACAUGCGGACGUGUCGCGUUUGCCCACUGAAUCAGCUGAAGCCACUCCCUGCUGCGGCGUUCAGCGUCACCAACUUGCCCUUCACAGAGCCCAUGCUCUCGGUCUGGGCUCAGCUGGUGAACCUUGCUGGUAGCAGAUUGGAAAAACGCAAAAUAAAGAAGUCACCUAAACAGGGUUUUGCAGGACAAGUAGACUUGGACCUGCUGAGGUGCCAGCAGCUAAAGCUGUACAUUCUGAAGGCAGGCCGUGCUCUGCUUUCCCACCAGGACCAGCUCAGGCAGAUCUUGUCUCAGCCAGCUGUUCAGGAGGCUGCAGCUACUCAUACAGAUGAUGGAGCAGCCUCAUCCCCUGACCUUGGGGACAUGUCUCCGGAAGGGCCACAGCCCCCAAUGAUCCUCUUGCAGCAGUUACUGGCCUCGGCCACGCAGCCGUCUCCAGUGAAGGCCAUAUUUGACAAACAGGAGCUUGAGGCUGCCGCGUUGGCCGUGUGUCAGUGUUUGGCUGUGGAGUCUACUCACCCGUUGAGCCCUGUGUUUGAAGACUGCAGCUCCAGUGAGGCCACGACGCCUGUUCCUGUGCAGCAUGUUCGCCCAGUUAGAGCGAAGAAGCACAAGCAGUCUCCUGGUCCUGCUCUGCCUAUUGUGGUUCAGCUCAUGGAAAUGGGAUUUCCUAGAAGGAACAUAGAGUUUGCACUGAAGUCACUCACUGGCGCCUCUGGGAAUGCUGCUGGCUUGCCAGGCGUGGAAGCCUUGGUUGGGUGGCUGCUGGACCAUGCUGACGUGCAGGUCACGGAUCUCUCGGAUGCAGACACGGGGUCUGAGGAGUGUUCAGACGAGGACGUGGUGGAGGAUGUGGAUGCCACGGCCUAUGCUGUGUCUACUGGUGCUGUUGUAACAGAGAGCCAGACGUACAAAAAGCGAGCUGAUUUCUUGAGUAAUGAUGAUUAUGCUGUGUAUGUGAGAGAGAAUAUUCAGGUGGGAAUGAUGGUUAGAUGCUGUCGAACAUAUGAAGAAGUGUGUGAAGGAGAUGUGGGCAAAGUUAUCAAGUUGGAUAGAGAUGGAUUACAUGACCUCAAUGUGCAGUGUGACUGGCAGCAGAAAGGAGGCACCUACUGGGUUAGGUAUAUUCAUGUGGAACUUAUAGGCUAUCCUCCACCAAGCUCCCCUUCUCACAUCAAGAUUGGUGAUAAAGUUCGCGUCAAAGCCUCAGUUACCACACCGAAGUACAAGUGGGGAUCUGUGACUCAUCAGAGUGCGGGGGUUGUGAAAGCUUUCAGUGCCAAUGGAAAAGAUGUUAUUGUCGACUUUCCUCAGCAGUCUCACUGGACUGGGCUGUUAUCAGAAAUGGAGUUGGUACCUAGUAUUCAUCCUGGCGUUACGUGUGAUGGCUGUCAGAUGUUUCCCAUCAAUGGAUCUAGAUUCAAAUGCAGAAACUGUGAUGACUUCGAUUUUUGUGAAACUUGUUUCAAAACCAGAAAACACAACACCAGGCAUACAUUUGGCAGAAUAAAUGAACCAGGACAGUCUGCAAUAUUUUGUGGCCGUUCUGGAAAACAGCUGAAGCGCUCUCACAACAGUCAGCCAGGAAUGCUGCUGGACAGCUGGGCACGGAUGGUGAAGAGCCUAAACGUGUCAUCCUCUGUGAACCAGGCUUCCCGUCUCAUUGACGGCAGCGAGCCCUGCUGGCAGUCCUCGGGCUCACAAGGAAAGCAUUGGAUUCGUUUGGAGAUUUUCCCAGAUGUUCUUGUUCAUAGAUUAAAAAUGAUAGUGGAUCCUGCUGACAGUAGUUACAUGCCUUCCCUGGUUGUCGUGUCAGGUGGAAAUUCCCUAAAUAACCUAAUUGAAUUAAAGACAAUCAACAUUAACCCCACUGAUACCACAGUGUCCCUUCUGAAUGACUCCACAGAGUAUCACAGGUAUAUUGAAAUUGCAAUAAAGCAGUGCAGGAGCUCAGGAAUUGAUUGUAAAAUCCAUGGUCUCAUUCUGCUGGGACGGAUACGUGCGGAGGAGGAAGAUUUGGCUGCAGUUCCUUUCUUAGCUUCAGAUAAUGAGGAGGAAGAGGACGAAAAAGGCAACAGUGGGAGCCUUAUUAGAAAGAAGGCUGCAGGUCUGGAAUCGGCGGCUACGAUAAGAACCAAAGUGUUUGUGUGGGGCCUGAAUGACAAGGACCAGCUGGGAGGGCUGAAGGGCUCCAAGAUAAAAGUUCCUUCAUUCUCUGAGACACUGUCUGCUUUAAAUGUAGUACAGGUGGCUGGUGGUUCUAAAAGUUUGUUUGCAGUGACAGUGGAAGGCAAAGUGUAUGCCUGUGGAGAAGCCACGAAUGGCCGGCUGGGGCUGGGCCUCUCCAGUGGAACUGUGCCCAUUCCUCGACAGAUCACAGCUCUCAGCAGUUACGUGGUCAAGAAGGUGGCCGUUCACUCAGGUGGACGGCACGCUACAGCUUUAACUGUUGAUGGGAAAGUGUUUUCCUGGGGUGAAGGUGAUGAUGGCAAACUUGGACACUUCAGUAGAAUGAACUGUGACAAGCCACGGCUGAUAGAGGCCCUGAAAACCAAGCGAAUCCGGGAUAUUGCCUGUGGGAGCUCGCACAGUGCAGCCCUCACGUCCAGUGGUGAACUGUACACCUGGGGCCUCGGAGAGUACGGCCGCUUGGGACAUGGGGAUAACACAACACAGCUGAAGCCCAAAAUGGUGAAAGUCCUUCUUGGUCACAGAGUAAUCCAGGUGGCGUGUGGAAGUAGAGAUGCACAGACCCUGGCUCUGACUGAUGAAGGUUUGGUAUUUUCCUGGGGUGAUGGUGACUUUGGAAAAUUGGGCCGGGGAGGAAGCGAAGGCUGUAACAUUCCCCAGAACAUUGAGAGACUAAAUGGACAGGGGGUGUGUCAGAUCGAGUGCGGAGCACAGUUCUCCCUGGCCCUCACCAAGUCGGGAGUGGUGUGGACAUGGGGGAAGGGGGACUACUUCAGGCUGGGCCACGGCUCUGAUGUGCAUGUGCGGAAACCGCAGGUGGUGGAAGGGCUGAGAGGGAAGAAAAUUGUGCAUGUGGCCGUCGGGGCCCUGCACUGCCUGGCGGUCACUGACGCGGGGCAGGUAUAUGCUUGGGGUGACAAUGACCACGGCCAGCAGGGCAAUGGCACGACCACGGUUAAUAGAAAGCCCACACUUGUGCAAGGCUUAGAAGGCCAGAAGAUCACGCGAGUGGCUUGCGGGUCUUCGCACAGUGUGGCAUGGACAACCGUCGACGUGGCAACACCCUCCGUCCACGAGCCCGUCCUCUUCCAGACCGCAAGAGACCCUUUAGGUGCUUCCUAUUUAGGUGUGCCUUCUGAUGCUGACUCUUCUGCUACCAGUAAUAAAGUCAGUGGUGCAAAUAAUUCUAAACCAAAUCGCCCCUCUCUUGCCAAGAUUCUCCUGUCAUUAGAUGGAAAUCUGGCCAAACAGCAGGCCUUAUCUCAUAUACUUACAGCACUGCAAAUCAUGUAUGCCAGAGACGCCGUGGUCGGGGCCCUGAUGCCAGCUGGCAUGGUUGCCCUGGUGGAGUGUCCCUCGUUCUCUUCCUCAGCACCCACUUCUGAUGUGUCUGCCAUGGCCAGUCCCAUGAAUGGAGAGGAGUGUGUGCUGGCUGUUGAUAUUGAAGACAGACUGAGUCCAAAUCCAUGGCAAGAAAAGAAAGGAGAGAUCGUCUCUUCUGAGGAUGCUGUGACCCCCUCUGCAGUGACCCCAUCUGCUUCCUCAGCUUCUUCUCGGCCAUUUAUCCCAGUAACAGAUGACCCAGGAGCUGCCAGCAUCAUUGCAGAAACCAUGACCAAAACCAAAGAGGAUGUUGAAAGCCAAAAUAAAGCGUCAGGCCCGGAACUUCAGUCCUUGGAUGAGUUCACCAGCCUGUUGGUUGUGGAUGACACGCGCGUCAUGGUGGACCUGCUCAAGCUCUCUGUGUGCGGCCGGGCUGGGGACAAGGGCAAGGAUGUGCUUUCGGCUGUGCUGUCUGGCAUGGGCGCUGCCUACCCGCAGGUGGCAGAUAUGUUGUUGGAGCUCUGUGUCACCGAGUUGGAGGAUGUAGCCACAGACUCACAGAGUGGCCGCCUGUCCUCUCAGCCCGUGGUGGUGGAGAGUAGCCAUCCCUACACUGAUGACACUUCCUCCAGCGGUACAGUGAAGAUACCAGGCGCAGAAGGACUCAGGGUGGAGUUUGACCGGCAGUGCUCCACAGAGAGGCGCCACGACCCUCUCACAGUCAUGGACGGCGUCAACAGGAUUGUCUCCGUGCGGUCAGGCCGGGAGUGGUCUGACUGGUCCAGCGAGCUGCGCAUCCCGGGGGAUGAGUUGAAGUGGAAGUUCAUCAGUGACGGGUCUGUGAAUGGAUGGGGCUGGCGCUUCACAGUCUACCCCAUCAUGCCAGCUGCAGGCCCUAAAGACCUCCUUUCUGAUCGCUGUGUCCUCUCCUGUCCGUCCAUGGACUUAGUAACCUGUCUGUUGGACUUCCGGCUCAACCUUGCCUCAAACAGAAGCAUCAUCCCCCGCCUUGCAGCCUCUCUGGCAGCGUGCGCACAACUGAGUGCCUUAGCUGCCAGUCACAGAAUGUGGGCCCUUCAAAGAUUAAGGAAGCUUCUUACAACUGAAUUUGGGCAAUCAAUUAACAUAAACAGGCUACUUGGAGAUGAUGGGGAAACGAGAGCUUUGAGUUUUUCAGGCAGUGCUCUUGCUGCUCUGGUGAAAGGCCUUCCAGAAGCUUUGCAAAGGCAGUUUGAAUAUGAAGAUCCUAUCGUGAGAGGUGGCAAACAACUGCUCCACAGCCCAUUCUUCAAGGUACUAGUAGCUCUUGCUUGUGACCUGGAAUUAGACACUCUCCCUUGCUGUGCUGAGACGCACAAGUGGGCUUGGUUCCGAAGGUACUGCAUGGCCUCCCGUGUUGCUGUGGCCCUGGACAAGAGAACACCACUGCCCCGUCUGUUUCUCGAUGAGGUGGCUAAGAAAAUUCGUGAAUUAAUGGCAGACGGCGAAAACAUGGAUGUUCUCCAUGAGAGCCACGGCAUUUUUAGAAGAGAGCAAGAUGAACAACUUGUGCAGUGGAUGAACAGGCGACCAGAUGACUGGACUCUUUCUGCUGGCGGCAGUGGAACAAUUUAUGGUUGGGGUCAUAAUCAUAGGGGUCAGCUUGGGGGCAUCGAAGGUGCAAAAGUUAAAGUCCCCACUCCAUGUGAAGCCCUUGCAGCUCUCAGACCCGUGCAGUUAAUUGGAGGAGAGCAGACGCUCUUUGCAGUGACAGCUGAUGGGAAGCUGUAUGCCACUGGGUAUGGUGCAGGCGGCAGACUAGGAAUUGGAGGGACAGAGUCGGUAUCUACCCCAACAUUACUUGAAUCCAUUCAGCAUGUGUUUAUUAAGAAAGUAGCUGUGAACUCAGGAGGAAAACACUGUCUUGCCCUCUCUUCAGAAGGAGAAGUUUACUCUUGGGGUGAGGCAGAAGAUGGGAAGCUGGGGCAUGGCAACAGAAGUCCGUGUGACCGUCCUCGUGUCAUUGAGUCUCUGAGAGGAAUAGAGGUGGUUGACGUCGCUGCUGGUGGAGCCCACAGCGCCUGUGUCACUGCAGCCGGGGACCUCUACACGUGGGGCAAAGGCCGGUAUGGCCGCCUGGGGCACAGUGACAGUGAGGACCAGUUGAAACCAAAGCUGGUGGAGGUGCUGCAGGGCCACCGUGUGGUCGACGUUGCCUGUGGCAGUGGGGAUGCUCAGACCCUCUGCCUCACGGAGGACGACACCGUCUGGUCCUGGGGGGACGGGGACUACGGCAAGCUGGGCAGAGGGGGCAGCGACGGCUGCAAGGCGCCCGUGAAGAUCGAUUCUCUGACGGGCCUUGGAGUGGUUAAAGUGGAAUGUGGGUCCCAGUUUUCUGUCGCCCUGACCAAAUCUGGUGCUGUCUAUACUUGGGGCAAAGGUGAUUAUCACAGGCUGGGCCAUGGAUCUGAUGACCAUGUUAGAAGACCUCGGCAGGUUCAAGGGCUGCAGGGGAAGAAAGUCAUUGCCAUCGCCACCGGCUCCCUGCACUGUGUGUGCUGCACUGAGGACGGUGAAGUUUAUACGUGGGGCGACAAUGAUGAGGGACAGCUGGGAGAUGGAACAACAAAUGCCAUCCAGAGGCCUCGGCUGGUAGCUGCCCUUCAGGGCAAGAAGGUCAACCGUGUGGCCUGUGGCUCAGCACACACUCUCGCCUGGUCAACGAGCAAGCCUGCCAGUGCUGGGAAGCUCCCUGCACAGGUCCCCAUGGAGUACAGUCAUUUGCAGGAGAUCCCAAUCACAGCACUGCGGAACCGGCUGCUGCUGUUGCAUCACAUCUCAGAGCUCUUCUGCCCCUGCAUCCCCAUGUUUGACCUGGAGGGCUCUCUCGAUGAAACUGGACUCGGGCCUUCUGUGGGCUUUGGCACUCUGCGAGGAGUUCUGAUAUCCCAGGGAAAGGAGGCGGCUUUCCGAAAAGUAGUACAAGCAACUAUGGUGCGAGAUCGCCAGCACGGUCCCGUGGUGGAGUUGAACCGGAUCCAGGUCAAGCGUUCAAGGAGUAAAGGUGGCCUAGCGGGCCCUGAUGGGACCAAGUCUGUCUUCGGGCAGAUGUGCGCUAAGAUGAGCUCAUUUAGUCCUGACAGCCUUCUCCUCCCACACCGCGUCUGGAAGGUCAAGUUCGUGGGUGAAUCUGUGGAUGACUGUGGUGGUGGCUACAGUGAGUCCAUAGCUGAGAUCUGUGAAGAGCUGCAGAAUGGACUCACCCCGCUUCUGAUCGUGACGCCCAAUGGGAGGGACGAGUCGGGGGCCAACCGCGACUGCUACCUGUUCAGCCCGGCUGCCAGGGCGCCCGUGCACACCAACAUGUUCCGCUUCUUGGGUGUGUUACUGGGUAUUGCCAUCCGGACUGGGAGUCCUCUGAGUCUGAACCUUGCUGAACCUGUCUGGAAGCAGCUGGCUGGGAUGAGCCUCACCAUUGCAGACCUCAGUGAGGUCGAUAAAGAUUUUAUCCCUGGACUCAUGUACAUCCGUGACAAUGAAGCCACCUCGGAGGAGUUUGAGGCCAUGAGCCUUCCCUUCACGGUGCCAAGCGCCAGCGGCCAGGACAUCCAGCUGAGCUCCAAGUACACACAUAUCACCCUGGACAACCGCGCUGAGUAUGUCCGGCUCGCAAUGAACUACAGACUCCACGAAUUUGAUGAGCAGGUGGCUGCUGUUCGGGAGGGGAUGGCCCGAGUCGUGCCUGUGCCCCUUCUUUCUCUGUUCACCGGAUAUGAACUGGAGACAAUGGUGUGCGGCAGCCCAGACAUCCCCCUGCAUCUUCUAAAGUCGGUGGCAACGUACAAGGGGGUGGAGCCUUCCGCACCCCUGAUCCAGUGGUUCUGGGAGGUGAUGGAGUCCUUCUCCAACACUGAGCGCUCCCUCUUCCUUCGCUUCGUGUGGGGCCGCACGAGGCUGCCCAGGACCAUCGCCGACUUCCGGGGCAGAGACUUCGUCGUCCAGGUAUUGGAUAAAUACAACCCUCCUGACCACUUCCUUCCUGAAUCCUACACCUGCUUCUUCUUGUUAAAGUUGCCCCGGUAUUCCUGUAAGCAGGUGCUAGAGGAGAAACUGAAAUAUGCCAUCCACUUUUGCAAGUCCAUAGACACAGAUGAUUAUGCUCGCAUAGCCCUCACAGGAGAGCCGGCUGCGGAUGACAGCAGUGACGACUCAGAGAACGAGGAUGUGGAUUCAUUUGCUUCAGACUCUACACAGGAUUACUUAACAGGACACUGAGGUGGAGAAAUGGCAUCCAUCACAAGACACCACGAGACUGAGCGAGGAGGCAGAGUGCUGCAGUUCAGACUGCAGGGCGUGACGUGUGCCAUGAGAAGGGUUAGCCCCCUAACGUGUGGGAGAAUGAUCAGAAAGUCAGCCUCGCACGUGGAGACUUAAAAGGGGCUUCUUACCCACAAUGCUGCAUUACAUGUAGGACUUCUGCGUUUACUAAAGUGUGUAAAUGUUUAAUAUAAAUAAUGAAUUGCAGCGUCCCAAAAAUGAAUAAAAAGCCUUUUUCCCUGUGGGUGCAAUAGAUUGGUUUUUUCCCUUCCUUUUAAGUGUUGUGCAUUGCCUUGAUUGUACAUUGGAAAUACUGUGUAACAAUUAAAUCGUAUCAUAAAUAUUUCAAUUGAUUUUACUCGGAAUUUGUUUAUUAAAAGUUUUUUGAACAUUAAA